AUGGAAAAUCAGCGUAUAUUGCAUACCGGUACGGGGCAAAACCACUGGCCCGGUGUUAGCACCACACUGGCCCUGGUGUUCACACCACACUGCCCGGUGUUAGCACCAAUACUCCUCCACUGGCCCUGGUGUUACCACACACUGGCCCCGUGUUGCCACCACACUGGCCCACACUGGCCCUGGUGUUACACCACACUGGCCCCUGGUGUUACCACCACACUGGCCCCUGGUGUUACACCACACUGGCCCUGGUGUUACCACCACACUGGCCCUGGUGUUAGCACCACACUGGCCCCUGGUGUUACCACCACACUGGCCUGGUUACCACCACACUGGCCCUGUGGUACCACCACACUGGCCCUGGUGUUGCCACCACCUGGCCCUGGUGUUAGCACCACACUGGCCCUGGUGUUACCACCACACUGGCCCUGGUGUUACCACCACACUGGCCCUGGUGUUACCACCACACUGGCCCUGGUGUUAGCACCACACUGGCCCUGGUGUUACCACCACACUGGCCCUGGUGUUAGCACCACACUGGCCCACACUGGCCCUGGUGUUACCACCACACUGGCCCCGGUGUUACCACCACACUGGCCCUGGUGUUACCACCACACUGGCCCACACUGGCCCUGGUGUUACCACCACACUGGCCCUGGUGUUACCACCACACUGGCCCUGGUGUUAGCACCACACUGGCCCACACUGGCCCUGGUGUUACCACCACACUGGCCCCGGUGUUACCACCACACUGGCCCUGGUGUUAGCACCACACUGGCCCACACUGGCCCUGGUGUUACCACCACACUGGCCCUGGUGUUAGCACCACACUGGCCCACACUGGCCCUGGUGUUACCACCACACUGGCCCUGGUGUUAGCACCACACUGGCCCACACUGGCCCUGGUGUUACCACCACACUGGCCCUGGUGUUACCACCACACUGGCCCUGGUGUUACCACCACACUGGCCCUGGUGUUACCACCACACUGGCCCUGGUGUUACCACCACACUGGCCCACACUGGCCCUGGUGUUACCACCACACUGGCCCUGGUGUUAGCACCACACUGGCCCACACUGGCCCUGGUGUUAGCACCACACUGGCCCUGGUGUUACCACCACACUGGCCCUGGUGUUAGCACCACACUGGCCCUGGUGUUACCACCACACUGGCCCUGGUGUUAGCACCACACUGGCCCACACUGGCCCUGGUGUUAGCACCACACUGGCCCUGGUGUUAGCACCACACUGGCCCUGGUGUUAGCACCACACUGGCCCUGGUGUUAGCACCACACUGGCCCUGGUGUUACCACCACACUGGCCCUGGUGUUAGCACCACACUGGC